CCUCAAAGUAUGAUUGGUCAGGAGCUGAGGAGUCAGAUGACGAAAAUGCAGUUUGUGCAGCACAGAAUUGCCAGAGGCCUUGUAAGGACAAGAUGAAUGAACAGAAAUGAGUGAUGGACUUCUUGAGCCCUGUGGUUAUUUCAGCAGUUCCUGGGUUUUACAGUCAAUAUCAGCUGUCCUACAGAAUCCCUCUACUCAGAGGAAAUGACCUCCACCAAGAGCAUGUGCCCAAGUUACGAUAUGACUUGCCAGAAAAUAUGAACUCUGAGAAAGCUGCUCAAAUAGUGAAUGUGGACCUAAGUUGUGGAAUGGAUAGCAGGGUCCCUGGUGCAACUAGCAAUGGAAAGACAAUACCAACUUAUUCAGUGGUGGAAAAGGAGAAAGAGGAGGAGGAAGAGGAAGGCACACUAGAGCGGGGUCACUGGAACAACAAGUUGGAAUAUGUGCUAUCUGUAGCUGGGGAAAUCAUUGGGCUGGGCAAUGUCUGGAGGUUCCCCUAUCUCUGCUACAAGAAUGGGGGAGGUGCCUUUUUCAUACCCUACCUCAUCUUCCUCUUCACCUGUGGCAUUCCUGUUUUCCUCCUGGAGACGGCACUGGGUCAGUAUACCAGCCAGGGAGGUGUCACAGCCUGGAGAAAGAUCUGUCCUAUCUUUGAAGGCAUUGGUUAUGCCUCCCAGGUGAUUGUCAUUCUCCUCAACUUCUACUACAUCAUAGUUCUGGCCUGGGCUUUCUUCUACCUCUUCAGCUCUUUCACCAUCGACCUUCCCUGGGGCAGCUGUGACCAUGAGUGGAACACAGAGCACUGUGUGGAGUUCCAGAGGACCAAUGGCUCCCUGAAUGUGACAGCUGAGAAUGCUACCUCUCCUGUCAUUGAGUUUUGGGAGAGGCGGGUCCUGAAAAUCUCCGAAGGGAUCCAGCACCUGGGGAGCCUGCGCUGGGAGCUGGCCCUGUGCCUCUUGCUCGCCUGGAUUAUCUGCUACUUCUGCAUUUGGAAAGGAGUCAAAUCCACAGGCAAAGUAGUAUACUUCACAGCCACGUUUCCAUACCUCAUGCUGGUGGUCCUGUUAAUCCGAGGGGUGACUCUACCUGGUGCUGCCCAGGGGAUCCAGUUCUACCUGUACCCAAAUCUCACUCGUCUCUGGGAUCCCCAGGUAUGGAUGGAUGCAGGUACCCAGAUCUUCUUCUCUUAUGCCAUCUGUCUGGGAUGUCUGACAGCUUUGGGCAGCUACAACAAGUACCACAACAACUGUUACAGGGACUGCAUCUCACUAUGCUUCCUCAACAGUGGCACCAGCUUUGUGGCUGGUUUUGCCAUUUUCUCCAUUCUGGGCUUCAUGUCUCAGGAGCAGGGGGUACCCAUCUCUGAGGUGGCCGAGUCAGGCCCUGGAUUGGCAUUCAUCGCAUACCCCAGGGCUGUGGUGAUGCUGCCCUUCUCUCCACUUUGGGCGUGCUGUUUCUUCCUCAUGGUUGUGCUGCUUGGGCUGGAUAGCCAGUUUGUAUGUGUGGAGAGCCUGGUGACGGCCUUGGUGGACAUGUACCCCAACAUACUCCGAAAGAAGAACCGACGGGAAACUCUUAUCCUGGUGAUUUCUGUCCUUUCCUACCUCAUCGGGCUGAUCAUGCUCACUGAGGGUGGAAUGUAUGUGUUUCAGCUGUUUGACUACUAUGCGGCCAGCGGCAUGUGCCUCUUAUUUGUAGCCAUUUUUGAGACACUGUGUGUGGCCUGGGUAUAUGGAGCUGAGAGAUUCUAUGAUAACAUUGAAGACAUGAUUGGCUACCGACCAUGGCCUGUUAUCAAAUAUUGUUGGAUAUUCCUCACUCCAGCUGUAUGCACAGCCACUUUCCUUUUUUCUCUGGCCAAGUACACCCCACUGACCUACAAUAAGAAGUACACUUAUCCAUGGUGGGGAGAUGCGCUGGGCUGGCUCCUGGCAUUGUCCUCCAUGGUCUGCAUCCCUGCCUGGAGUGGUUACAAACUGACAACUCUCAAAGGCUCCCUGAGAGAGAGAGUCCGCCAGCUCAUCUGCCCAGAAGAGGACCUGCCCCAGCGGCUGUGUACAGCACCCCCCACUCCCUCCACUACUCGGGCAGCACUCCUUAGGCUCACAGAACUUGAGUCCCACUGCUAGAGACCAACUGAGUCUGUGACACUGCUGGUUUUCCAAAGUUCCGUGUAUUCAGCUCCUUGCCCUGUCCUUGAUAUGGCUGCAGAGAGGAGCAGGCGAAAUUGCUGUACCUUUUUGAGAGGAAGGAACUUUCUAACCAUACCCAAUCCUAUCUCACCCCAGAAUCACAGACAAAAAAACUGCUGGGGAUGUUUUGUACUAUUCCUUCUGGGCUGGAGGUCUCCUAUUCCCAAGUUCAUGUCUUGUGGGAGAGGAAAGAACUGAGUGCAAAUUAAGUCUUCAGCUAUUUAAGGGAGGGGAUCCUUUUUGGGGAAAGAAUAGGGUGGAAUGGAUAGAAAGGUUAAAAAAAAAAAGGCCCCUCUCCUUUCAUUCCAUUAAAUCCACAUUCUUUGCACUGGUCCUCCUGCAAAAGUUCAA